UGUGUGUGUGUGUGUGUGUGUGUGUGUGUGUGUGUGUUUGUUUUGAGGCAUAGAAGGACAGAUUUCAAGACAUUUCACCGAGCAAUGAGGACCCUCUGGUAUAGGAGGACAGUUGGCUGUCCUCAUAAAAAUGAACCGUAUAAAACCUUUUCUCAGCAUGUUUUAAUACCUAAAAAGUGGUUUUCUCAAAAGUCUUUGUAUACCAAAAACCUGACAUAUGUUGUAUAUUUGUGUGUCCGACACUGCCCCCUAUCUGUUGUUGUGGUCCCUGCAUGCAGCGACACACAAGCGCGGGAAAUUAUACACAAACGCGGGACAUUAUACACAACGCGCGAAAUUAGACGCUAAUUCAUCACUGCGCAUGCUCAUAUUAGCAUGACUCAUUUUGAUUGGCUGGAUGGGAGAGAGCUUCGAUUGUCAUCAGCUGAUUCAUUUUCCCGGGAGUUCUGGAAAUGCACGCUGUGGAGAACAGGUAAGAAAUCAAUUACAAAACGUUUUAAUAGGUUCGAAUGAGAAGUAUGUUUAUGGUUAUGGUAUUUAGCAGACGCUUUUAUCCAAAGCGACAUACAAAUAACAACAAUACAAAGUUAAACUUAACAGUAAAACGGGUCAUUCCACGAAAUCAGGGCCUUUUCAACUUUGGCAAAUUAAAAAAAUAAGUUUAAUCGCUUUGUUUUAAAUAUCCAUGAAAUGAAGACAGCUUAAAAGGACAAGAAAUUGUAUUGUGCCAUCUCAGGCUAUGUAUUUUUUUAUUAUUAUUUUAUGACUACAAAACCUCAUGUUUUGAUAUUUUUGUCAUGCCUGUUAUAGACGCAUGCGUUACUAUACAAUAGUUUUAAUUACAACUACGCAAUAGUUUUCACAUAUAUGAGCAGUAUUUUAGUCCCUCUUUUCACUGGGAUUGUUUCAAAUUUUGGAUUUUUUUUUUUUUCAUUCAAAUGACCAAGAACAUACAAAUUUUGGAGGGUGAUCACAUGUCAAUUAAGAAAAGAAUAUAUAUGUUUACAAGAGAGAUAUUAAAAGAAGGCCUUUGUCAAAAAUACAAUAUAGAUAGGGUUACAAUGGAAAAACUUGGAAGGCCAUUACAAAUAUAAUUUUUAUACUUUUUAUGAAAUUAAUGACAGUAACAGGAUUGACGUCAUAGUAACAGGACUGACAAGAGUAACAGGGAUGACAGGACGCAUUCUUCAGUAUACGCUGCACAUAUUUGUUUAUAAAAUAUUGUAAAGUUUUACCUUUUUAAAUUGCAUUAUAUUGUUUUGCACUCUUAUAGUUGUAUUAGUGAAGCACAUUACAUUUCUAAGAGAUCUAACGCCCGGUUUUACAGACAGGGUUUAGACAAAGCCAGGAUUAGGCCUUAGUUCAAUUAGGACAUUUAAGUAGCUUUUAUAAACGUGCCUUAGAAAAAUACAUUACUGGUGUGCAUCUUGAGACAAAACAAUGACACUGACAUAUUUUAAGAUAUGUCAGUGCAAGUUGCUUCCAGUUAAAACAGCUCAGACAUGCAUUUUAGUCUGAGACUAGCUUAAGCCUUGUCUGUGAAACCGGGAGAUAAUGUUUUAGGGUAUUGAAAUUAGACCCUUGUGUCCAUCUGUUUGUCUGUGCAUGUCCCCUCACAGAACUUAAAAUAUAUUGAUAUACUGACAGCGGGGAAAUGUUAUGUGAAUGUUAUGAAAACAUAGAACUCAAUUGAAACUGUUUGAAUACCCAUGCUAUUAGUGAGAUAAAAAGUAGUGAAGUUGUGUUGUUGUUUACAUUUUUGUUCUUAAUUUCCUUAGCAAAUUCUGUCAUGCCACGGAGAACUACUCCCCUUCAGGAUGCCAUUAAUCACAUCCUUGCAGGAAGAGACAAGAAUUCAAUGUUAGAAAUCAAAUAUAUUAAUCCAGUUAAAGGUCGUGGUAUCUUCACUUUAGCUGUUUUCAAUCAAGGAGACUUUGUGGUGGAGUAUAGAGGGGAGCUCAUUGAUGCAGCUGAAGCUGAACAUAGACGUAAACUGUACCACAAUGAAUGUUCGGUCUUCAUGUUUGACUUCAUAUGGAAGCGGAAGACAUGGUGGUAGGUUCAGAAUGACUAAUAUGUUUAGAUUUCUAUAGUGAGAAGUCAGGAUUUCUGAAGUAAAGAUCUCAUGUUGCUCUUUAAACUAUGCAUCGAACAACUAUACUUGUAUUGGAUGUUGGCAUUAGUGUAGUUGCUUACAAAUUAAAGUACAAUUCAAAAGCGUGUCACUAUAAACGUCUGUUUAGUGCAUGAUGUUUGUAAAUUUGCAGUAUUGAUGGAGCACUUGAAGAUGGGUCAUUUGGGCGACUGGUAAACGAUGAGCACAAGGCACCAAAUUGCAGAAUGAAGUUGAUCGAAGCAGAAGGGAAGCCACAUCUCUGCCUUUUUGCACUGAAGGAAAUUACAGCAGGAACUGAAAUCACUUAUGACUAUGGUGGGAAAGAAUGGCCCUGGCGUAAAGAGAUUCCCCCUACUGUUACAAGCACUGCUGCCCAAGAGUCUAUUAAAGACCGUUUCCAAGACCAAGCCAUGUCAUCCACAGUCUCUAUUGAAGAGACCAGAGAGAGACCAGAAGUCCAGUACUGCAAUAUAACAUCAGGCAGUUCUGCUUGUGAGACACAGCUCAGUGGUGCAAGCAUCCCUUCUGGCCAACACUCCGUUGCAGAGCUUGGUGACCACGCCCAUGACUUGGAACCCAAUGUUUUCUCUACAGACUUAUUCAGAGACACCGAAUUGAGAGCAGAGUGUCAGUCAUCCAGUCCCACACCAGACAGCCCUGAGCAUGAGGUGCAUUGUGUCAGAGGUCAAUGUGACACUUCUUCUGCGAAAGAGGGGAUUGGAGAAGUUGGUGUCCAGCACCAGGAGGUGUCACCCCCUGUGUUCUCAACAGACCUUACCAGUGAGACCGAAUCGAGAUCAGCGUGUCAAUCAUCCAGAGCCGCGCCAAACGACUCUGCUUGUGAGCAAAAUAGUGCAAGCAUCCCUUCUGGCCAACACUCCGUUGCAGAGCUUGGUGACCACGCCCAUGACUUGGAACCCAAUGUUUUCUCUACAGACUUAUUCAGAGACACCGAAUUGAGAGCAGAGUGUCAGUCAUCCAGUCCCACACCAGACAGCCCUGAGCAUGAGGUGCAUUGUGUCAGAGGUCAAUGUGACACUUCUUCUGCGAAAGAGGGGAUUGGAGAAGUUGGUGUCCAGCACCAGGAGGUGUCACCCCCUGUGUUCUCAACAGACCUUUCCAGUGAGACCGAAUCGAGAUCAGCGUGUCAAUCAUCCAGAGCCGCGCCAAACGACUCUGCUUGUGAGUGUACAAUCCAUAAGCUGGUUUUUGAAUCAGUGAGAAUUGAUAAAUGCUGGAUAUGCCAUUCACCUUUGACAUCUAUCAGAUGGCACGGUGUAAGAUGCAAACAAUGCUGUGGUGUGUGGCAUAAAAUCUGCCUCCAGAAAUCCUCAGAAGACUGGGAUAUAUCAGAUGAUGAUGUCUCAUCUGAUGACGAGUACAUCCCAGAGUCUGUAUCGGAUCCAGAAAGCUCAGGGACAGAGUUGAGUGUUGAGUUGCCUGAACCAUCCAAAAAGUCCCAUACCACUAAUAUGCCUGAUUUAGGUGUUACUUUUGCUGAACAAGAACAGACCAUAGAUAUACAGGACAACUGUAAGAAUAUCCUGAUGGAUCUAGAAACUACUUCUGAUCUCCAAAGUGACCAAAGUGACCCCGAACCAGAACCAGAUAGCUCAGAGUCAUACCAGCAGAAAACAAAAGAUGCGAGUAACGAAAAGGAUACUGUGGAUAUUCUUGGCCAAAGUAAAUCCCCAACCAAAUCAGCAAAAUUCCUUAAAAGCCACGUCAAUUAUUGUUUUGUAUGUGGAAAACCUCAAACAAAAUUUGCACGUCAUCUCGAGAGGCAUGUAAAUGAAAAUGCUGAAAUCGCACAGGCACUCCAGUUCCCCAAAUCAUCAAAAGACCGAAAGGUUCUUCUUGAGAAAUUCCGAAACCUUGGCAACUUCAAGCACAACUCGGUUGUUAAAAUCACAGGAUCAGGAUGUCUUAAAGUGAAAAGGAGUUCCAAACAGAGCAGCAGCCCUGAGACGUAUGAUUACUGCUUGUACUGUAAAGGUAUGUUAUCCAGAAAAGAGCUUUCUCGACAUAUGAAAAGAUGUGCUCUUAGACCAGAGAAUAAUGUUGAAGAGGGACCUGAGUUGAGAGAGAGAGUCUUUGGUAUAGCAUCUGCUCAAUCCACAAUGUCCCAGCCAAUUUCAAGUGAACUUUGGUCAGUGCUGGGCAAAAUGCACAAGGAUGAUGUGUCCACUGCUAUAAGGAAUGAUCAUUAUCUCAUGCAGUUUUCCCAGUCCCUCUUUAAUAAGCAUGGAAGUGACAGAUCAAAGCAUGAGUAUAUAAGACAGAAAGUAAGGGAACUUGGGAGAUUACUUGUGACUUUGCGCCACACAACAAGAAUCCAUAACAUGGAAGAGGCAAUAAAACCAGGCAACUUCUUUAUUCUUACUAGUGCUGUCAAGAGAGUUUCAGGUUUUGAUAACAAAAACAACACAUUCAAAGCCCCAAGUUUGGCCCUGAAAAUUGGGCAUUCUCUCAGAAAGAUAAGUGACCUCAUCAUGUGUCGUGCUCUCAUGGAAGAGGACCAAGAGGUGAUUGAUUCCAUCAGGAGGUUUCAUACACUUCAUGAAACAAAGUGGUCUGAAUUAGUUUCCCAUUCUGCCUUAUCAAACCUGAGUGAGGCAAAAUACAACAAGAGCACCAGGCUUCCACUGGCCAAAGACGUUCAGAAGCUACAGUUAUAUCUUGGUCAGCAAGUGGAAUUGACUAAGGAGAAACUAGCCAAUAACCCAACAGCAGGCACUUAUGCAGCACUAGCAAAGGUGACCCUCUGUCAAGUCAUUUUGUUUAAUAGGAGGAGGGAAGGUGAAGUGGCACGGAUGACUGUAAAAAAUUUUGAAGAUCGUGACAUGUCCCAACUAAACGAUGACAUAAGCACUGGGCUUACAGAAGUUGAGAAGAGACUUUGCAAACAAUUUGCCAGAGUGGAACUGAGGGGAAAAAAAGGACGAAAGGUUGCUGUGAUCCUGACUCCUGAUAUGACUGCUAACCUGUCACUCCUCAUUAGUAAGAGGAAAGAGUGUGGAGUAACUGAAAACAACAAUUACCUCUUCGCUAUUCCUUGUAGUGAUGGUCACUACAGAGGGCAGUUCGGUCAAUUUGCAGAUGCUUGUGGAGCCGAAGAUCCUCAAAACCUCAGAUCAACUAACCUUCGCAAACAGAUCGCCACAAUAAGCCAAGUCAUGAACUUGAAAGAUAAUGAACUGGACCAGCUGGCCGAUUUUCUCGGUCAUGAUAUUAGGGUGCAUAGAGAGUACUAUCGACUGCCCCAAUCAACAAUUCAGCUAGCUAAGAUCUCAAAGCUGCUUAUGGCUAUGGAGAAGGGAAGUGUGAAGGAUAUUCAAGGAAAAUCUCUGGACGAAAUUGGUGAUGACAUAGACGAUAUGGAUACCGGAUCACAGCAACUCCCUAAUGUUUCCACAUUGCAAGACAAUGAAGAAAUGUUGGCUUCUGUGACUUUUGGAUCGCCUCACCUCUCUGAGUCUGCAGCUCAAGAUGACCAGGGGAACACUGCCUGUGUAACUUCUGGUUCACCUCAUCUCCCUGACUCAGUUACUCAAGGUUUCCGUGUUUCAUCAAGGCGGUGUGUGAAGAGACCAUGGUCUGAGGAGGAGAUACAAGCUGUGAUGAAACAUAUGAGGCCUUUUAUUGAAAAUGGUGUCACUGUCACCAAUGAGCAGUGCCUGAAGUGCAAGGAAAAGGAACAACCUAUCUUGGAGACAAGAUCCAUUCAAAACAUUAGAGAUUUUGUACGCAAUAGAGGCUUGGCCUUUAAAAGGCAGUCAAAUGCUAAACACUAAAUGCACUUUUGGACAGCCUGAGCCUUUACCUUGUUCAGAAAUGGUUUAGGUAACUUUAAUUUAUUUUGCUCACAGGCAGUGUUUUUUGUUUUGUUUGUUUUGCUAUGUGGUUAGCCUGGGCCUUUUAUUGUCAGGAUUCACUUUUAUUUUCCUUAAUUUUUUCAAUGCUGUCCUUUGUUAAGGAAUUGAUUCUUGAGGUGACAAUCAAAUAUAGUUCAGUGAUUCAACAAAUGUUGUGUUGUGUGUUAAUAAUGACCUAGAUUAUUUAUUUCAACAUUUUUAGCUUAAAUGCAGAUGAGUUAAGUUUAGUAGGCAAACAUAAUGAAAUCAACUAAUGAGCUAAAUAUACUAUGAGACCUCAGCAAGUUGUGAUCCUAUUCGCAAUCUCCACAAAACAACAAAAUAGCAAGCAUAAAUCAAGCGUAUAGCGUCAAUUCUGGCAGGUAACUUUAGUCAAGUUUGCAUCAGCUGACUGUCAGCUGAUCACAUCUACCUAUAGGAAUACGACGUCUAUCACAGCAUACAUAUAUAAUAUAGCUCCUCAGUAUUAUCAGCUGCUAUCGCGUUCUCCAGUACUCAUUUACCCUCCUCCAUCCCCAGCUCCUCCUCUUGUCCAGUCAGGAUUUGGUAUUCUAAUUCCCCUUGAAUCAGACUAAAUUCCUGAAUUAUUUUGUACAUUUAAUACCAACAUUAAUGAUAUCUGCAAUACAUUAUGUUGGUUCUGUUCUGUUUACCCUUAGGGGGGUUAUUGCUGCUCUUCCUGCUCUUAUCCAUGCUUAGUGGAUAUGCUCUUAUCUGCAAAGUAUGUCCAGAUGUGAUGAGUUAUUUACAACUUAUGUGCCAAAUUGUAAUGCACAACAGAAGUCAACAGAGAAAACAAAAAUGAACUCUUAAUAUAAUCCAUAUUGUUAUAAUGGUGUGCCUCAGUCACUUUGGUCUUAUAAUCCAUGUGUCCUUUCAAAGCAGGUUAUACUCGGUGUGUGUGUAUGAUGAACUGGCCUUCCAGACCUUGUGUCCUUUCAAAGCAGGUUACACUCGGUGCGUGUGUAUGGUGAACUGGCCUUCCAGACCUUGUGUCCUUUCAAAGCAGGUUACGCUCGGUGUGUGUGUAUGGUGAACUGGCCUUCCAGACCUUGUGUCCUUUCAAAGCAGGUUACGCUCGGUGUGUGUGUAUGGUGAACUGGCCUUCCAGACCUUGUGUCCUUUCAAAGCAGGUUAUACUUAGUGUAUAUGUAUGAUGACAUCACUGACCUUGUACACCACACUGUCCUUAUAGACUGUGUUACAGAAAAGUCUUUACAAACCACUAGAAAGUCUGAAAAAUAGCCCUUUUUUAUAUCUCAGUUGUGCAAAGAAAAUCUUUUAAUUUUAAGUUGUGUAUAGGUUCGCUGAUUUUUUUCAUGAUUUUUGAUAUGUUUUUUGUAGCUCUAGCACCACUGGAACCUGGUGUCCCCACAGCCCUGUGCCUAGUCUGAUUUGCGAAAAAAUUCAAAAAUUGUCCCUCUAGCCCGACAAACGGGUAUGUGUGUGUGUGUG